CUACUUGUGCUAUUGAUAGAGUGAUAGAGUACGGAAAGGAGCAAGGAAAUGUCAAAAAUGUGUUUAGAACACGACUUGUAGCCUUCAAAAACCUUAAAAAAUGGAUGUUGAGGCCAAAAAAAUUGCAUACGUGACCAUAAGUGAUACACUUGCGUGUGUUAAUCUUGGAAUUGUUCUUUCACUCUCUGCGUUACUGGCAAUAACCACAAGCUUCAUUUUGGGUGUUUUUGUUUUGGGAACUUACGUUCUGGGUGUCACACUCUUCUACUUUUUAUUAAAAAAAAGGGUUGCCGUGGGGAAUUUACUUAGUAUUUUUACUGGAGAAAAUUCUACAAACGAAAAGUGCCAGAAUGAAAAGUGCCAGAAUACUACAGGCUGCAAUAUAUGUGGUGAUGGGUCUUGCAACCGAAGCAAAGAACCCCUAUAUGAAGCAAUACGCCAUGGAGAGAUUAUGAUUAAUGCAGAGCUUGAUGAAUCUAUUGAAAGUUUACUGAAUAGAAUACUUCAAGAUUUUGUGGAGUCAUGGUAUUCUCAAAUUUCUAGUGACAAAGCAUUUGAGUUGGAGCUUAGACACUGCCUUAGACGUGCAUGUACCAUUGUCCUACAACGAGGAUUACAGAUUAAUUUAGCAGAAACAAUUUUUGUGAAGUUACUACCAGCUGCUGUGAAUCACUUAGAAGACUAUUUAAUUAUACGUGAAAUGUCACAAAACCAGAGAAUUCCUUUUGUGAGAGCAGCUGUUCAGCACCUGGGCACAAGACUCCAUCCUGCAACUUUCAAUCGGGAUAGGGAGCUUGAUUACCUUCGUCAGAUCACAGAAUGUGUUCUGCCAAGUUUAGUUGCCCAAUCACAACUUCAAUGCCAGAAUUUCCAUGCGUUAAUGAGAGAACUAAUAGCUGGCUGGGUUCUUUUACCUUUGGCUGAUGUGCUGGCAGAUCCCUCCAUAUUAAAUAGCCUUCUCUUAUUACUACUUGGCCAUCAGCAACUCACGCAGUACAAGGAUGUUGAUAAUGAACCAAAAGUAAAAUUUCUUGAAAAAUUUGUUGAUUAUAGUCCAAAAUAUUCAUCUGCCCUUCAUCCUGAUUUGUCAAAUAUUCUUAACAAUCAAAAACUACUGUAUGCUUUUAUGCAGUUUUUGAAAGCAGAGAGAUCAGUCCAUAUAUUACAGUUUUGCCUGGAUGUUGAGGAGUUCAACAGAAAAAUGUUAACACCAGAUAUAAGUUCUGAGGAGAAAGAACUUUUGUACAAAGAUGCCAUGGAUCUUUAUUCAGUAUAUUUUAAUCCUGAGUCUCCUGACAAUAUUGGCCUGCCCUCUGAUAUAGUCCACAGCAUGAAAGAAGUUUUGACGGAAGAUGUCGGCAAAUUACGGACCUCUCCACCAUUAUUUGAAGCCAUCAAUCAUGCAUACCGCUUAUUAGAGAAUAAAUUAUGCCCAUUGUUUCAUGCAAGUGAUGAUGUUAUAAGUUUGUAUUGUGAGAGUGGAAAGCAAACAAACAAUCUCAAGCACCCAUUUGGACGGAAGCCCACAAGAUGGUUACGGUACACUUUUUUCAGGUGGCUAGCUGGACCCAGAGUUCUUACUACAGGCGUGCGUUCAGGAACAAGCUCCCCUUUAUCUCAGGGAUCUCCAGCUAGGAACAGACCAAACAGAAGACCCACAGAAAAUGUUGGUGCUGUUGCCCGUAUCAGCAGUCGGCUUCACAAAAUAAAAGGGGUAUUGCGAGGACCAGUGGAAGGUCACACUUUUGACUCAGAUCCUGGAAUUGAUCUUGUUGACUCAGAAUAUGCAGAGGACUUGCAGUUAUCUGACUCAACAGAUCGAAAUUUGAGUGUGUGGAGUGUCUCAAUUCCUGCGGUUAAAACAAAACUUGAUGCAAGCAGCAAACCAUAUUCUGUAUUUUACAUAGAAAUCCAAAAGGUUGAUGCCUUAAAAGAAGAUGAUAGUGAAAAAAGUCAUUGGAAGGUAGAGAGAAGGUACAAUGAUUUUUAUGCUUUAGAAGCAAAGUUAAUUGAAUUUCAUGGGGAAUUUCCUGAUAACCAGCUACCACCAAGAAGAAUGCUUUUGUUCUCAGCUCCAAGUGCUCAGUUUUUAGAAAGUCGCAAACAGGUGUUUGAAGACUAUUUAAAAAAGCUGCUGUCAAAGCCUUCUCUUCGAGGUAGCGAUUUGUUGUUUGCAUUUCUUCGUGUUCCUGGGGAAUUUUCGGAAAUGAAUUCAAGUCCAGAUGCUCUCAGCCGCCUUUUGAGAAGAACUGUCCCACUGACUUUAAGGAAAGAGCGAGGCCAACAUUUGGAGCCAUUUCUUAAUGGAUUCUUUUCCUCUACAGAAGGGAAGAAAACUAGCAAACUCGAAUAUAAAGAUGUUAGUCAGGAAAGCCCACCUGUUCGUGAUAUCCGAAAUAUUAUUGGGCCUAUUUUUCAAAAUAACUUUAAUCUCACAGAGGAAUCAGCUCCAUGUUCUGUGGAUUCGAGCAGAACAAACAUGUGUUCUCCUCUAUUGGGCCCUAUCAUCCAGCAAGGGGGUUUCACCAGCUCACUUAUACAUAUCGGCCUUGUAGUCUACAAUAUGUCUAAAUCAUCUCUUCGUGUUGCACUGUCUAUUCAGGCAUUAAUAGGCAGUACAUUAGAUGCUAUUCUGUCAUACUUUGUUGGACGUGCUCUCAAAACUCUAUUAGUAGCUCCUCGUCUUGCUCACCUGACCCAUUUACUUCAAGGUGCUAUUUUCAACAGCAAGAGUGCGCACUGGAAUUCUAUGGAGAUUGAAGAACGGGCAGGUAGGGAAUUAGAUCAAUUUUGUUCCAAAUAUUGGCUGGCAAAGCUAGCUGCUCCUGCUUGUAAAGGGGCAUUUUGCGCAGUUCAGUCUCCUCAAUUAAACAAGCAACUCUUGUAUGUUUUGCUAGACCUGGUAAUUGAGGAACUUUUCCCUGAGCUCAGUCAUUCUUGAUACUUAGAUUCUUUGAUUAAGGUAUUGCCACCAAGUCCAAAUCUGUGAAUGCAGUUAUAACUGGAGGGCUUUUGUUUGACCUGUAUCCUCACUUAUUUGGAAUGGAAUGGAGCUUAAUUCCAUAAGCCAUUUAGCCUUUUCGUCAGGGUUUGUCCUAUGUCAUUUUGAUAGACAGGGUCAAUAUAGGUACUUUUACCAGUUCAUACUCCCAUUAAACUGCCUGUUGUGUGUGCGUGUGUAUAUGUGUGUGUGUGUUUAAAAAAAGGAAAAACUUUAUGCAGUACAGUAUCUAUACAGAUUAAUAACAUUCCAGCCAUAUAUGUUACUACAUUUUUAAGUAAAGGUAUUUACGGGAGAAACAUAUGCCUGUUACAUAUUCAGGAGAAUUUCUGAGUACAUAGAUUGUAUUUGGAGGAGUGAAAAAUUUCACAUGCCUCCCUUGAAUCAGUUUGUUAUGCUUAAAUUGAUUUAUUGUAUUAUUAGAUGUGAUUUGUGGAGAGUUUAUGACUUAUGAGGACUGUGAUCAUUUAUUACAAUUCACCUAAUAAUUGUUAUGAGGUGUGACACUAGGUGUUAACAUACUAUCAAUUGAAAUUCAUCACUUUUGGUUCUUAAGAAGUCUAUCAACUUGCUAGUGAAGCCUUCCUUAGCCAAAUGUGUGGAGAGUGUUACAAAUUUGAGUAUUCAGCAGUCAAAUGACUUUGAUCUCUAGUCUCUUGUGUUGUGUUAUGAUAGUUUUUCAAAAUUAAUGAUUAAUUAUCGGUAACCUUUUUAGAUUUUUUCUUAAAAAAAAAAAGAUAACUAAGAAAAACAACAACUUGAUAUUUGAGGAUUGAGAUGUGUUCAUUUAGUACCUAGAUAUUCUGUUUCUAAACUGAAGCCAGCUGGAUGAAACUUCUCAACUGGACAUAUUUUACCAUGGACCCAAACCAAUACAGUAUAAGUUAAAUUCUAAUACUCAUCAAUAACAAUCCAAUCAAGGACUCGUCCUGUUAUUUUUAUUAUUAUCAUUGUUUCUUAUUGUGUAUCGAUAGGUUGCUUGACUACGGUAGCUUCUAAUAUUUUACAAAUCCCAUGAUUUAAAUCAAGCUUAUUUUGUAAGCUUAUGUUUCUUAACUGAAUGGACUGGAAAGUUGCUGUUACAACUUGUUGGAAAUUACUGCAUUUUAGCUGUUGGUGCAACUUGAGAUGAAAAUCCAGUAAGGAGAAAGUCAAAACUUUUUAUUGCAUUAGGUGCAGACAGCCCGAGAAUGAAAAAGUAGAUUUCUAUUAUUUUUUUUUUACAUGGAGUUUAUGAUAUUUGAAAUACUUAUUCUUCUCUACUAAGAUCUGUGUUUUAUUUUGUGAUCAUAGAAUGAAUGUGAUAUCUUUAAUGUUAAGUGUAGUCAAAAGCAUGGACCUGGUUGAGCAUUUCAAUAAAUGUACAAAGGAUUGUU